AUGGAAUCAAGAGAUAACCUAGUGCACCCUGAAGGAGAGACUACCAACCCUGCUGAGCUUCCUACCUGCCCAAAAUGAACAAUGGUGAUGAAGAUGGUUAAAAAUAUCCUGACAUGCCCUGAAUGAGAUAAAAAAGAAAAAGGAUUUUUUGGAAAUACCUUCAGUGGUCUCUUUGAGGCUAUCUAUGACAUAACUGUUGGAUCAGUCAAAGGACUCAAGACUGUUAAAGAAGAAUUCGUACCUACGGUUAAAAGAACCUUUAGUGAGCUGAUAUCAGUCAAAGAUGUGGUCAUUCAAGCAGGUCAGACCGAUGAAGAUGGAAAUAAUAUCAUCACUGAAUUAAAAAUUGAAAGUAUCUAUCUCCCCAUAGCGAGAAGGUUUGGAAUCGUUGAUAAAAAUAACCCAAUGUAUCCAGCAAGUGAAGAAGAUAUCAAGAAGUUAGAAGAGAUCAAACUGAAGGAAGAGGAUAAGGAGGAAGAUCCGGAGACUGGAGAGAUGAACCCUCCUCAAUGACGGAUCUGAAUGACUGAAAUUGAAGAGGGAGCUAUUAAAACUCCUUGUGGGCACUACUUUGAUAAAGAUUGCAUUAUGCCAUGGCUGAGGAUUCAUAACAGAUGUCCUAUUUGCAAGAGUGUAGUUGCAAAAUAA